AUGGGAUGGCUGGUGAUGCAAAAAGCAAUGGUUGCUCUAGUUUUUGGCUUAGUUGCAGCAAUACGCGACUUAGGAGUGGAGGUAAGUAAGAUAGAAAAUGCAGUCAGGAGUGGAAAGGUUUCUGAAGCAAAAGUGAUGUUUGAUGAACUGAUGAGUGAGUUUGGAGGAAAUGAUGUGCUUGAAAAGAAGCACGUGGAUCUUUUGAUGCAGAGUGGAGACUACAAGACCGUGGUUAGUAGAUAUGGGCAAAAUAGUAAAAUGCUUACGGACGUUGUCAAGGCAGAAAGAAAUCAAUCUAUAUUGAACAGCAACAAUGUAAAACUGAUCGCCUCACUGAUAAAUGAAGCACCAUAUAGCAUAGAUGUUCUGAAGGCAUACAUCAAGAUGUGUCUCAUUGAAGAGAAGUUUCAGGAGGUUAGGAAGUUUGUUAAGAAGGCGAGUGUUCUAUUUCCAGAGGAUGUUGAGCUGAAGAGUUUGCAAAUGCAGUUGUUUUUCUUGACUCGGAUGCCAGCAGCAGGAAUACACAUGAUGCGCGAAAUAGGAAAUGCAGACAUGUCGAGGAAGAUUGAACGUUUGUUUGAUGAAUAUACAAGAAUAAUUGACGGCAAUAUGACAAGCAAGGUCACAUAUGUACAGAUGAAAGAAUUGCUGAAACGUAUUGAAGAAGCAGAAUUUUCAAUUAAUUUCUUUCCAAGCAUAUUUAUGCAAUUAAAGCUGGAUGUGUUAUUUGGAAUGUGCAAAAAUGGAAUUGAGGACGAUUUUAUCAACUUUGUAUCAGGAGAGUUCGAUGUAAGUAAAGGUAAACCCGUAGGAAUAUCUCUAAAGCCAUUAUCUGCAAGGAUCGAAACAUUGCAGAAGAAGAGAGGAGAUGAUGAAGUAAUGUAUUUGUACGUGAUUUCACAAGCGCUUGAAGGGAACAUCGACCAAGCAGAAGCGAUAUGCCGUUCACAUACAUUCAAGUAUGGACCCAUGAAACGAGAAGCAAUGAGAAAGGUUGCAUCAAUAAAGAGUAAGAUAGAAGAUGCAAAGGCAAAGAAAGAAAGAGAAAGAUCGCAAAGAGAAAGGCAAAGAAGCAGACAUAUGUCUCAAGGGAAUCAGAACGAUAUUUUGGGAUACUACAAAGCAUUGGGGCUUAAUCCUGGACCAAAGACAACAGAUGUAGAGAUCAAAAGAGCAUACAAAAAGAUGGUUGUUAAUGGAAUGAAGAAUAAGGGCGAGGCAGAAAAGAAGAAAUGGGAAGAUACACACAAGGUAAUCAACAAGGCACUUGGGGUUCUUACCAAUAAGGAAAAACGCGAGAUGUAUGAUAGAGGGAUAGACCCUGACAACCCUCAACGACUUAACGGAUCCGGGCAUUUUGGAGAAGACAUAUUUAAUGAGUUUUUUAAGAAAGGUUUCGGUAAUUUUGAGUUUUUUGAGUUUUCUCCAAAUGGCGGACGAAGAGGAAACACAAGAACAACGUAUUUUUAUUUCUAA